AUGUCGGGUUCAAAGUUUCAAGAGGACAGCUCGGAUGGAGUCUUCCCGGAGAAGCUUGGAAGAGAUAUCGAAGGAGGUCCUGUUUUGGCCGGUUCCCUGAUCUCAGAUGAGGCAACAUUAUUUGCGAGUCCCUUGCCUAUCACCGGAAACAGAAAGACAACUACGAGGAAAGAGCUAUGGUCGUGGUACCUCUACUACGUCGGAAAUUCGGGUCUGGGCCCUUUCAAUUUUGCCAUCUCAGCCUGGCAGAACCUCUUGUACCUCCAAGGAUGGGAUCCCGCUUAUCCCCAAGGGACAGUUCCAUGUGGUAGUGGAGCCUGCAGUCUCACAGCCUAUGGACAAGUCCGGUCCAUCAAUUCCAUUGUUUUGAUCAGUAACGGUCUCUCAUUCGCCAUCCAGGCCGUGAUUUUCCUGUUUGUCGGGUCUUUUGCAGACUAUGGUAUCUGGAGACCUUGGAUCACCACCGUCUUUACGGUUCUAGGAUGGGCAGUCAGCUUUGCGUGGCUCGGAGUGGAGCAACCUUCUCAAUGGCAAGCCGGAACGGCGUUGUACAUUAUCGGCUUGAUCAGUUACCAAGGUGCUUUGACGUUCUGGACAGCUGCCUUUCCCGGUCUUGCAAGAGAUUUGCCGGAGGUCAAGGCGAGCGAGGAGGCCCUGCAGAGGGGGGAGGUUGACCGUAAGACACACGACGAUGUCGACAUGUUGGCCAGGAAUCGUCUUGCCGACGUAUCAUUCUUCGUCUGUUCCAUUGGCGAGCUGGUCGUUUUGGCGAUUCUUGCUGGCAUCCUCGAGGCAAUCGUCAACCCAAAUGUCGCCGAUAGCAAUACUAAGGCUCUGAGUAUUGUUUGCGCAUACAGUGCCGGCGUGUGGAUCGUCUGCGCCGCGCCUUGGUUCCUGUGGGAGCAGUAUCGACCCGGAAAUCAGCUCCCUCCAAACACCAGCUAUCUCACUGUUGGUAUCAAGCAGAUCUAUCAUGCAUGUAGGUUAUGUCGACGACUCAAGCAGACAUUCUUGUAUCUCGGAGUCUACUUCUUCCUCGGCGACUGUCUGAACACUGUUGUGACUGUCAUCGCCACGCUGCAGAAUGAAGUCGUGUCCUAUGACACCAAAACACUCAAUUACCUCUUGAUAGACGGAAUCGCCGCCCAGGCCAUAGGUAUCGGCAUCUUCUGGCUCAUUCAGAAGAAGUGGACGAUCUCGACCAAAACGAUGCUCCUUGUCAACGCCUUCUUCAUUCUGAUGCUCUGUGCGUGGGGAUGCAUCGGCAUUACACAAACCAAAUUUGGCUUCCACAACGCCUGGGAGUUCUGGGCCUAUCAAGCCUUUUACGGGGUAUUCGUUUGCCCGUGGUAUGCUGUCUCGCAAGCCAUGAUUUCAGAAGUCGUUCCUAGAGGCAAAGAGUUCCUCUUCUUUGCCCUCUUCUCCAUCAUUGGCAAGACGUCAUCCUUCGUUGGACCAUUUGUCAGUUCGGCAAUCAUCGAGGACUCGGGUAAUGUCAACAUGCCCUUUACUUUCCUCCUUGGUCUCGGCGCCAUCUCGACAUUUGCACUCUUCUUCGUCAACGUGGACAAAAGUCGAAGGGAAUGCAGGCAGUACCUCGAGGACGAGGCUGUUAGGGUGUAUAAGCUUGCGAGGGAGCAAGCGAGCGCUCCGCCAGUGGAGGGCGGAAUAGAUGGGCUCAGGGCGUAA